AUGGCUCCCCAAAUGACUGCUGUAUCUAAUAUAGGUAUGGCACUCGCUGCUAAAUCUGCAUCCGUGGAUAUUCCGAUCCCUCGCGACGCUGUCAAGGACGGCAGGGGCGGCUUCACUGUCGCAUCUGCUCGUCUCGUACAGCCGGCUAUGCUUCCAACUCCUCCCAACUCCAUCUCUCCUACUCUUCCGCCUCACAGCUUCAAGAAUAAAUCUCGUCACCAUGUUGGAAACUUUCCUAUCUCUCCCCCGGUUGCUCCCAUGCACGUCGACUCCGAUAUCGACUUGGAGGAUGCUGUCGACCACGCCAAAAGCCAGGAUCAUCAUCCUCACGUGUCGACCAGUACUCAAAACGUCGACAGCGUGGGUGCCAUCACUCCGGCAAUGUUGGCGAAAUAUCAUUUGCCCGACAUCCUGCUCGCUCAUGGCCCGCUAGCCAUCCGCCAUGUCAUGGGCCACCUUACCACCACCGUGCCAGGCUUUGCAGGUAUCCCACCUGCCAAGGCACGCAGAUUGGUUGUAGGAGCCCUAGAAGGUCGAGGCAAUGGUGGCGAAGGUGGUGGCGUUGAUGGAAACAUCAUCUUCGAGAAAGUCGGUUGGGGUCGUUGGGACGCUCGUCGAAGUGGCCAGCCGCCCCGUGAACGGCAAGCCUAUACUUCAUCUUAUACUUCUACGUCACCGCCGUCCAGUUUUCCUAGUACUACUGGAGGAAUGCAAAUCCCUCAGCAAUCGCAAUGGCGAACUACAAAUGAUCGACCGGUUUACGGAACCAGUAUAGCCGACUCGGCCAUCUUCUCACAUUCUGAUCUCGACUAUGGUGACCACGAAGCUGAUAAGAUGUCACUGGACGGUGACGACGUUCCUGAAUAUUGCUCUUCGUCCGACAUGCCGGAAGACGUUAUUCCAGACGACGAAUGGGACGAAGGGGAUGUAACCGACGAAGAAGACUGGGCCGGCAUCGGUGCCGACGCCCUCCGCGCUCGAUCCCUCAAUGGAGGAGGGAUUGUAAAUACUCACAAUUCUGUACAUACACGCGUGCAACAUCACCCUGGCGGUCCUGCACCAUCUGCCCUGGCCAAAUCUGCGCCAGGCGUUACGCUUCAACAAUUGGGAUUUUCAUUACCGGACGGCAUUGACGCCGAUUAUGAAGAACGCGCGGCAGUUGAAGCGCUCUUACGUCUGGGUUCUAUGUAA